AUGGGAGGCUGCUACACGCCUGCGGCAGCCCUCGUCGCUGUGCCUGCGGCUGCUGCCUUCCGGAGCUUCAUCAAAAACUCCCUAGCGGACUGGGGUAGUCGAGCUUCCAGCAGCAGUGGCGAGAGGAGCGAUGAAUACGUCCUUGCGGGAGAUGACACCAGCGACAGCUGUGGCAGCUACAAAGAUAUGGUGAAACCCUUCUUCCGUGCAGCGCUGAAAGCCCCAAACUUCUAUGGACUGCCCGAUGAAGCAAGUCAAAGCGGUGGAGCCGAGACACGCAACGUGAUCGGUAAUGCGCUGCGCCUCCUGCGACAACGAACGGGCAAUCAACGGCAGCCACUUCUGCGGGCGCUUCUGUUGCACGUGUGCAUGUGGGUGGAUGGUCUCGUUUUCUGCUCGUUAUGCGGCCUGCUCCUGCUACCACUGCUGCAUCUGCGAGCCGCUGUGUGGCUUCUUGGCGGCAGUCCCUUCAUUGCUGCAGCCUGCUGUUGCUUCGCGGCUGCAUCAGCAGCAAUAGAUAAGGCCUUGCUCGCCCUCGUCAAGCAGGACGAGGGCGAGUGGGAAAUGGGAGAAGCUCUGAACCAACGGCUCCUGGACGGCUCCUUAAGGCCCCUCCGUACCGAACUAGGAGGCUUCUGCCUCGACAAUGGUGACGGCAGAGCACCCCAUUCCCACAUGGUGCCAUGCUCGCACGCGCCUUCAGACGCUCAGCAGCCUGUCUGCUAUGAAGCUCAUGCAGCAGAGUCCACUCGGAAGGGGACGGCCGCGAACGAUUCACUCAUUCAACAGGAAAGCCUUCCAGCUACCGGGGUUCUUAAGGCCAAUCUCGGGGAAGCAACAGCAACAGGAAUCAGCAAACGCGCUGCACAGGACGCCAGCAGCAGCUCCGCAUGGGACCAGAACGCUUUCCCUUUGUAUGAAGCCUAUGGAAAGCGAUGUUGCAAAAACGCAUGCGAAUUCCCUGCCGCGAGGGAACCCCAGUCUCUCGAUGGUGCAGAGAUUCAGGCCUUCGUAAUCAGCGCACCAGUAGACUCCUUAAACGAUGACAUAGUCUGCAGUGCCACAGUGCGUAGAGGAGCAGCUACGGAGAGGUGUAAGCAAGAGCAACGAGAUUCCCCUUCUUUUGACAAACGCGGAAGCGAUCCUGUCGCCAGUCACGACAGAAGUGAAAUGAAAAGCGGAACCGGGAAAGGCAGACGGGGUCGUGUGAGGGGCGGUGACAGAAACGGGCAUAGGCAAGGGAGGGCGGACCUGGCAGCAGUAGGGUUGGCAACUCUCGGGGGACUCUCUCGAGUUGGCGUAUUAUGCCAGUUUUGGAAGCAGAAAACUACGGCUAUGGGAGAGGGGAGCAUCAAUGCUGCAGCGCGUAGGGUCACCUCUGCGUUCUCUGGGCCCUUCGCGGAGGAUGUCGGCGUAAGAAGGAUCGAUGAGACUCGAGCAAGCAGAGCAUUCAGGUUGGUAAGAAGCCCCCAAGCACCGAGGAGGCCCCCUCCCCCUCCCCCUCCGCCCCCUCUACAUAAUCCCCCACACCUAUACCCUCUGAACAAAGAAAAAUCAAUACCCAUGCCGGCUAUUGAAACGAAUCUGUUGCUCAUUGGGCGAAGAGGGCCCCCCUCCCCGAACGCAGCACAGCUGUACAGGGCCUCGAUUGCCAAAUCCAGAACAGAGGCCUGUGGAGAUUAG